CUUCUUUCUUAUCGCCUGAGGUAAAGCGGAAGAGGAGGGCGAAAAAGCGAAGCGGCCACGACCAAAUGCCCCGGAAGUAGUCGCCGGGUCCAUCCAUGCGCCGGCACCUGGCAACCCGCGACCGGGGCCGACAGGAAAAAGCUCUGAGCUGUCCGAUCCCGGAGCGAAUGGUAGUCCCCAAUCGCUACUAUGAUGCUGCGAGGGGCACCCGAGGGGCAAGUCACCGCGGUCACCAGGGGCUUGUCUGCGGCAUCUGUGCUGUGCCAAGUUGAACCUGUGGGAAGAUGGUUUGAAGCAUUUAUUAAGAGGAGAAACAUACAUGUUUCUGCCUCUUUCCAGGAACUGGAAGAUGAGAAAGAGCUCUCUGAGGAGUCAGGAGAUGAAGAAUUACAGCUUGAAGAAUUUCCUAUGUUAAAAACACUUGAUCCAAAGGACUGGAAGAAUCAGGAUCAUUAUUCUGUUCUUGGACUGGGACAUAUAAGAUACAAGGCAUCUCAGAAACAAAUCAAAGCAGCUCAUAAAGCCAUGGUUUUGAAACACCAUCCAGACAAGCGAAAAGCAGCAGGAGAACAGAUAGGUGAAGGUGACAAUGACUACUUUACUUGUAUAACAAAAGCCUAUGAAAUCUUGUCAGAUCCUGUGAAGAGACGAGCAUUUAACAGUAUAGAUCCUACUUUUGAUAACAUGGUUCCUUCCAAAAGUGAGGCAAAGGAAAACUUCUUUGAAGUUUUCUCGCCAGUUUUUGAAAGAAAUGCCAGAUGGUCAAAUAAGAAAAAUGUAUCUAAGCUUGGGGACAUGAAUUCAUCCUUUGAAGAAGUAGAUGCAUUUUAUUCAUUCUGGUAUAAUUUUGAUUCUUGGCGAGAGUUUUCUUACUUAGAUGAAGAAGAAAAAGAAAAAGCAGAAUGUCGAGAUGAGAGGAGGUGGAUUGAAAAGCAGAACAGAGCAGCUAGAGCAUUAAGAAAAAAGGAAGAGAUGAACAGAAUAAGGACACUAGUUGACACUGCAUACAGCUGUGAUCCCAGAAUAAAGAAAUUCAAGGAAGAAGAAAGAGCAAAGAAGGAAGCAGAAAAGAAAGCCAAGGUAGAAGCAAAACGAAAAGAACAGGAAGAACGUGAGAGACAAAGGCAAGCAGAAUUAGAAGUGGCACGAUUAGCUAAGGAAAAAGAAGAUGAAGAAAUUAGACAACAAGCACUGCUGAUGAAAAAAGAGAAGGAUAUACAGAAAAAAGCAAUUAAAAAGGAAAGGCAAAAACUGCGAAUGACCUGCAAGAACUGGAAUUACUUUUCUGACAAUGAGGCGGAAUGUGUUAAGAUGAUGGAAGAAGUAGAAAAGCUUUGUGAUCGUCUGGAGUUGGCAAGUCUGCAGUGCUUGAAUGAAGCACUUACAUCUACAACAAGGGAAGAAGGAAAGGCUGCUGUAGAAAAACAGAUAGACGAAGUAAACGAACAGAUAAGGAGAGAGAAAGAAGAAGCAGAUGCUCGUAUGAGACAAGCAACAAAAAGUUCUGAAAAAUCAACAGGCGGAGGCGUUGGAAGUAAGAACUGGUCAGAAGAUGACUUACAGCUGCUAAUUAAAGCAGUAAAUCUCUUUCCUGCUGGGACUAAUUCAAGGUGGGAAGUUAUUGCCAAUUACAUGAAUUUGCACUCUACUACAGGAAUAAAACGAACAGCAAAAGAUGUUAUCAACAAAGCAAAGAACCUCCAGAAACUUGAUCCUCAUCAAAAGGAUGACAUAAAUAAGAAAGCUUUUGAUAAGUUUAAAAAAGAGCAUGGAGUUGUGCCACAGGCAGACAGUGCUACACCAUCAGAACGUUUUGAAGCACCAUUUACCGAUUCAUCUCCAUGGACAACAGAAGAACAAAAACUUUUAGAACAAGCUUUGAAGACAUAUCCAGUGAAUACUCCUGAAAGGUGGGAGAAAAUAGCAGCCUCUGUUCCAGGCCGAUCUAAAAAAGACUGCAUGAAGCGAUAUAAGGAACUUGUUGAAAUGGUUAAAGCAAAGAAAGCUGCUCAAGAACAAGUAGUGAAUGCUGCUAAAACUAAGAAAUGAGAUUCUCAAUGAUCUUAGUGUGUUUGGUUUUGUAAUAAAAAUACAAAUGCAGA